GGGGAGCGGCGCGGCUCGGUAGGCGCGGGGCGGCGCCGAGCGUGGUCUUCAUCCGGAUCCCCGCGCCUCGGACCCCGCGGCGGCCGCCCCGCCGGAGCGCGCGUCCCCCUCGGGCUGCGCCGCGGUCCGGGCGGAAAUGGCCGUGUAGCCUCCCGAGCGGCGGCGCGCGGACCCCCGAGGCGCAGGCAUGAAUUCCGGAGUUGCCGUCAAGUGCGGGAGCGACGCCGCGGCCGAGCUGAGUGAGCUCCAUUUGGCCGCCCUGGCGUCCCUGAAGGGAGAUAUAGCGGAGCUUAAUAAGCGUCUGCAGCAGACAGAACGGGAGCGGGACCUUCUGGAAAAGAAAUUGGCCAAGGCACAGUGCGAGCAGUCUCACCUCCUGAGGGAGCAUGAGGUCGUCCAGGAGCGCACGACACUGCGGUAUGAGGAGCGCAUUACGGAACUGCACAGCGUCAUCGCCGAGCUCAACAAGAAGAUAGACCGCCUGCAGGCCACCACCAUCAGGGAGGAGGAUGAGUACUCAGAAUUGCGCUCCGACCUGAGCCAGAGUCAACACGAGGUCAGCGAGGACCCACGGAGCGUGGACCAGGACCAGACCUCUGUCUCCAUCGCUGAAAACCAGUCCACCGUGGUCAUGGCCGAUGUGGACACCUGCAGCGACCUGAACUCGGAACUGCAGAGGGUGCUGACGGGGCUGGAGAACGUGGUCUGUGGCAGGAAGAAGAGCAGCUGUGGCCUGUCGGUGGCCGAGGUGGACAGGCACAUCGAGCAGCUCACCACAGCCAGCGAGCACUGCGACCUGGCCAUCAAGACAGUUGAGGAGAUCGAGGGGGUGCUCGGCCGGGACCUGUACCCCAGCCUGACCGAGGAGCGAUGUCGGUGGGAGAAGGAGCUGGCCGGGCUGAGGGAUGAGACCGAGAGCCUGACCGCCAUGCUGUGCAGCAAGGAGGAGGAGCUGACCCGGACCAAGGCGACCAUGAAUGCCGUGCGCGAGGAGCGGGACCGGCUGCGGAGGAGGGUUCGAGAGCUUCAGACACGGCUGCAGAGCAUACAGGCCAGCGGCCCCUCCAGCCCUGGCCGCCUCACAGCCGCCAGCCGGCCUGUGAACCCCAGCACUGGGGAGCUGAGCGCCAGCAGCAGCAGCAACGACAUUCCCAUUGCCAAGAUUGCUGAGAGGGUAAAGCUUUCGAAGACGAGGUCCGAGUCCUCCUCCUCUGACCGGCCAGUCCUAGGCUCGGAGAUCAGCAGCAUAGGGGUUUCCAGCAGUGUGGCCGAGCACCUGGCCCACUCGCUCCAAGACUGCUCCAACAUCCAGGAGAUUUUCCAGACGCUCUACUCGCACGGCUCCGCCAUCUCCGAAAGCAAGAUCCGGGAGUUUGAGGUAGAGACCGAGCGGCUGAACAGCCGCAUUGAGCACCUCAAAUCUCAAAAUGACCUUCUGACAAUAACCCUGGAGGAAUGUAAGAGCAACGCUGAGCGAAUGAGUAUGCUGGUGGGAAAAUACGAGUCCAACGCCACAGCGCUGAGGCUGGCCCUGCAGUACAGUGAGCAGUGCAUCGAAGCCUACGAGCUCCUCCUGGCGCUGGCUGAGAGUGAGCAGAGCCUGAUCCUGGGCCAGUUCCGAGCGGCCGGCGUGGGCUCCUCCCCUGGAGACCAGUCCGGGGAGGAGAACAUCACCCAGAUGCUAAAGCGUGCCCAUGACUGCCGCAAGACGGCCGAGAACGCCGCCAAGGCCCUGCUCAUGAAGCUGGACGGCAGCUGCGGCGGAGCCUUUGCCGUGACGGGCUGCAGCGUGCAGCCCUGGGAGAGCCUUUCCUCCAAUAGCCACACCAGCACAACCAGCUCCACGGCCAGCAGCUGCGACACGGAGUUCACCAAGGAGGACGAGCAGAGGCUCAAGGACUACAUCCAGCAGCUCCGGAACGAGCGGGCCGCUGUCAAGCUGACCAUGCUGGAACUGGAGAGCGUCCACAUCGACCCCCUGAGCUGCGACGUCAAACCGCGGGGUGACAGCCAGCGGCUGGACCUGGAGAACGCCGUGCUCAUGCAGGAACUCAUGGCCAUGAAGGAGGAGAUGGCCGAGCUCAAGGCGCAGCUGUACCUGCUGGAGAAGGAGAAGGCGGCGCUGGAGCUGAAGCUGAGCACGCGGGAAGCUCAGGAGCAGGCCUACCUGGUGCACAUCGAGCACCUCAAGGCCGAGGUGGAGGAGCACCGAGAGCAGCACUCCCGCUCCCUCAGCUCCGGCGGCAGCGGCGGGGGCAGCAAGGACAAGCCCCCCAAGGAGUGUACCGACACCGCCCCCCCUGCCCUCUCCCUGGCCGAAGUCAGGACGACAUGCAGUGAGAGCGAGCUGGCAGCCGAGUUCACCAGCGCCAUCCGACGCGAGAAGAAGCUGAAGGCACGAGUGCAGGAGCUGGUGAGCGCCCUGGAGCGGCUCACCAAGAGCAGCGAGGUCCGGCACCAGCAGUCAGCCGAGUUCGUCAACGACCUGAAGCGUGCCAACAGCAACCUGGUGGCUGCCUACGAGAAGGCCAAGAAGAAGCACCAGAACAAGCUCAAGAAGCUGGAGGCGCAGAUGCUGGCCAUGGUGGAACGGCACGAGACGCAAGUGCGGAUGCUCAAACAGCGCAUCGCCCUGCUGGAGGAGGAGCACUCGAGACCACACACCAACGAGACAGCCCUCUAG